AUGAUCACGAUCCGCCGCCGCUCCGCGAGGCUACCAAUUUACCUGGGCAUUGCCCUGACUCUAUUGUUCCUCUGGCAUACCGGCCUCCCCGAUGGCUGGAACGUCGCGAACCUCAGCUAUAACGGCGUCUCGUACCGCAAGUCCGGCUACGACUGGAGCAGUCUAACCCUCCAAUACCCGCUCGAGAAACCACUGCGAACGCCCCCGAGAGGCACUCCUCGCGACCUCCCCCGAGUCCAGUACGACUUUGACGGAAGCACCAGUAGCAAGAGUCGGGAAGGAAAGAAGAAAACCAAGAAGUUGUCCCACGACGAGAGCCGCGACCGCGAGCAGGAGAAGCAGAUUGAGUCCAGAAAGGCCGCUAUGGCCCACGCCUUCCGACGGAGCUGGGCCAGCUACUCCGAGCACGCGUGGACCUGGGACGAGCUUACACCUGUGUCUGGCCAUGGCAAGAACACGUUCGGCGGCUGGGCGGCUAGCAUGGUCGACGGCCUCGACUCACUAUGGAUCAUGGGAAUGCAUGAUGAGUUCCGCCACGCCGUCCGCGCCGUUGCGCAGCUUGAUUGGUCCAAUACCACCGAGACCGCUGCCAACAUGUUUGAGACAACGAUUCGCCAUCUAGGUGGCCUGAUUGGCGCCUACGACCUGAGCGGCGAACCGGCCUUGCUGGCCAAGGCCGUGGAGCUCGGUGACAUGCUCUACAUGGGCUUCGACACCCCGAACCACAUGCCGCCGUUCUGGUUCAAGUUCUCUGAUGCCAAGCAUGGCACGCAAAUGGUUGGCGGGCGCGAGUCCUCGGCUGCGGGAUGCUCGCUCUCCAUGGAGUUCACCCGGCUGUCCCAGCUGACGGGCGACCCGAAAUACUACGACGCAACCGAGCGAGUGAAGGAGUUCCUUGUCAAGACGCAAGACAAGAGCAAGAUACCCGGCAUGUGGCCGAUGUAUCUGAACUACCGCGAGGAAACGGCGGACGACGGCUCCUUCAGCAUCGGUGCGCAGGCCGAUUCUCUGUACGAGUACCUGCCCAAGAUGUACGCCUUGUUGGGUGGCCUCGACAACGAGUACGAGAAGCUCACGGUCGGAUCGUUCGAUGUCAUCGAGAAGCACAUCCUCUUCCGUCCUAUCCUGCCCAACAAGACCGACAUUCUCGUACCGGGCAACGCCUUCGCCCACACGACCUCGGUCGACCUAACGCCCGAGGCCCAGCACCUGGGCUGCUUCGCCGGCGCUAUGUAUGGCCUCGCCGGGAAGCUCAUGGGGCGGGAAUCGUACGUCACCAUCGGCGAGAAGAUCUCCCGCGGCUGCGCUUGGGCGUACAAGGUGUUCCCCACGGGCAUCAUGCCCGAGAUCAUGACCUUCCACCGCUGCUCCGAGCCCGACCAUGGCCCCUGCGAGUGGCACGAGACCUUGUACUCCCACCCCAACGUGCCGGAAGGCGUCAACCAGGUCCGCGACGGCCGCUACAUGCUCCGCCCGGAGGCCAUCGAGAGCAUCUUUUACAUGUACCGCAUCACGGGCGACGACGAGUGGCGCGAUAUCGCCUGGGACAUGUUCCAGGCCAUCCAGCGGGCGACCGAGACGCCGCUGGCUUACUCAUCCAUUGACAACGUCAAUGUCCAACCCGGCGAGACCACCAAGACUGACUCGAUGGAGAGCUUCUGGUUUGCCGAGACGCUCAAGUACUUUUACCUCAUCUUCUCCCCGCCCGACGUCAUCAGCCUCGAUGAUUGGGUUCUCAACACCGAGGCGCACCCAUUCAAGCGGCCCAAGAGGACGGACCGCGUCGAGACUGAGGCGGAGGUCCGGGUGUGA